AUGAAUGGCAUUUCAGGUAAAUCGGCCAAAGAAGCGAUUUGCUGUCCAGAACGUCAUAUUUUGUCCGUAUUCGAUCUUACAAAAUGGUGCCGCUCAAAGGCUUAUAUGGAAUAUAUGGCAAUGGUAAAUGAACUGAAUGAUGCAGUGAAAGGUGUUAUGUCAACGGAAGAUAUUCCUAUCAGUCCAAAAGUUAUGGAUGCAAUUGACAUUUUGGACGAUCUUCAGAAAUGGACACUUGAAUAUCCUCCAGAAGAUAUGGGAACACAGCGUUUCGGUAAUGUUGCAUUUCGUAAAUGGUAUGAUCGUCUAACAGAGGAAGCUGAUGAUAUAAUUUAUGGCCUUUUGACUGCAGAAAAAAAAGGCUUCGUCGUGGAAUUACUUCCAUACUUUUUGAAUUCAUUCGGCAAUGCAACGCGAAUUGAUUACGGAUCAGGACAUGAAGCCUCCUUUCUAAUAUUUAUGUUUUGUCUCCGUAAAUUGGGCGUAUUUGUGCCAUCAGAUAAUCGCUCACUUGUCCUUCGAUUAUUUCUAAAAUAUAUACGAUUAAUACGGUGUCUUCAAACUACUUAUAGAAUGGAACCAGCUGGAAGCCGAGGUGUACAUGCACUGGACGAUUUUCAGUUCAUACCUUUUCUCUGGGGUAGUUCCCAACUUAUCGGAAAUAAACGAUUGGUACCAGAGUCUUACUUGAAGCCUGAUAUUGUCGAAAUGCACUCUUCAAGAAAUCUAUUUUUUGAUGCUAUCCAGUAUAUCAAUACCACAAAAAAUGGUCCCUUUCAUGAGCAUUCAAAUCAAUUGUGGAAUAUUAGCGCUGUACAAACUUGGGAAAAGAUAAAUUCUGGCUUGUUCAAGAUGUAUGAAGCUGAGGUGCUCAAGAAGUUCCCAGUAGUGCAACACUUUCAGUUUGGAUCUUUGUUUUCAAUAGAACCAGUCAAAGAAAUGGACGAUCCGAACCUCAUUGGUACGGGCAAUGAUGUCACAACGUCUCCAGCUUCUAAAUAA